CCAGCCGUUUACAUUUUGCCGGCGGUGCAGGGGACACACGGACCCCCCCCCCAGCUGCUGCUCUCGCCCUGCAGCCGGAUAGCGCAUCUGGACGCUUCAUUACGCGCGGUAAAACGAGUUCACUGUCUUUUUGUUACCCCCCGCCCUCCGCCUGCCACCGCCCGAGAUUAGGAUCUUUUUUUUUUUCUUUCUUGUAUUCUGCAACAAUUAAGGAGGCGACUGUGAAUAUGGAUUUCCACCACUACAUUUGAAGCAUGAGCAGCGCGGGAACAGUGGACACCAACGCGUAAAAUCUCUCCGCUCCUCUUUGGUUUAUCUUUUGGUUCAUCCUCAUCUUUUAAAAAACAAAACAAAAACAACAACCCAAAAAAUGCUGAUCUUCCUGUACACAGCUGCGUUCGUGUGUCUCGAGCAGGCGACGCGCGCGCAGCCGGCGGCGGCUGCGUGUCCGACGCGAUGCGAUGUGAGCAGCUGUCCGAACCCCAGCUGCCCCGGCGGCUACGCGCCGGACCGCUGCGGCUGCUGCCUGGUGUGCGCCCGCGGCGAAGGAGAGCCGUGCGGCCGCGGCGGCGACCCGCCGUGCCCGGACGGGAUGGAGUGCGCGCGCCCGGGGCGGGCGGAGCGACCCGACGGGGGCGCGUGCCAAUGCCGGUCGAGCCGCGCGGUGUGCGGCAGCGACGGGAAAACCUACGCCGACGCGUGUCACCUGCAGGCGACCAGCAGGAGAGCCCUGCAGCAGGGACUCUCUGCCGUCACCGUCAUCCAGCAGGGGCCGUGUGAGGCCAGCACAGGGCCUUCAAAUGCUACAAGCCCUCGUUACAAGUUCAACUUCAUAGCUGACGUAGUGGAGAAAAUCGCUCCUGCUGUGGUCCACAUCGAGCUCUUCCUCAGGCAUCCUCUUUUUGGUCGCAACAUCCCUCUGUCUAGUGGAUCAGGGUUUGUGAUGUCAGAAAAUGGACUGAUUGUUACCAACGCCCAUGUAGUCUCGAGCACUACACCAGUGUCCGGUCAACAGCACCUCAAGGUCCAGAUGCAUAAUGGUAAUGUAUAUGAAGCCAGCAUCAAAGACAUUGACAAAAAAUCUGACAUUGCUACCAUCAAAAUCAACUCACAGACAAAGCUGCCUGUAUUGUUUUUGGGCCACAGUGCAGACUUGAGGCCAGGAGAGUUUGUAGUUGCGAUUGGAAGCCCCUUUGCCCUCCAGAACACUGUCACCACUGGCAUCGUCAGCACUGCACAGAGAGAUGGCAAGGAGUUGGGCCUGCGGGACUCUGACAUGGACUACAUCCAGACAGAUGCUAUUAUCAAUUAUGGGAAUUCAGGAGGACCUCUUGUCAAUUUGGACGGGGAAGUGAUCGGAAUCAACACCCUGAAGGUUGCAGCAGGAAUUUCAUUUGCCAUUCCCUCCGACAGGAUCACUCGCUUUCUUAAUGAUUCCCUUGACAAGCAUAACAAGGAUGUCAGUGUAAUGAAGAAGCGUUUCAUCGGAAUAAGGAUGCUAACGAUCUCACCAGCGUUAAUUGAAGAGCUAAAAGAGCAGAACCCAGGUUUCCCUGAUGUUACCAGUGGGAUUUAUGUCCAUGAGGUCGUUCCACACUCACCUGCACAAAAAGGGGGUAUCAAAGAUGGCGACAUUAUUGUGAAACUGAAUGGUAGACCGCUGAUGACAACAGCUGACCUGCAGGGGGCGCUGCAAGAGGAGACAGCCUUUCUACUGGAAGUCAGGAGGGACAAUGAUGACCUGCUAUUUAACAUUGAACCCGAUGUUAUCAUGCAGUAGACACUGCCACCACAGCACUUCAGAGGUAGACCAACUGCUAAGGACCUACUUUGUGACAUGGUGGAUACUAGCAGCAUACCCAUUUUCGUAUAACUUGCUGUUAACUUGUCUGUACUAAUAUAAAAGGUCAGUAUCAGUAAGGAUGACAUGGUACAAUGUAGAUUUGGCAUUAAGGAUUUACAACUGUACCUCUCUCCUGCACCACUGUCAGGGCAACUUUGAAAUACCCUUUAGGAGUCACUUAAACCCACAGCCAUAAAAUGCAUGUUAACUAUGAGCUUCUUUCACAAUGAUAACACAUUUUUCAAC